AUGCCUGCUUUCUACGAUUACAUCAUAAUAAACUCAUAUGCAACAGACAUAAUAUAUAUUUGCAUAAUUGAUUACACCCUCACAAAUGACUUAAAACAUGAGAAAUUUAAAGGGUCCUAUGAUGUGGCCUGUGGCACUGUGCAGUUUCUGAGAAAGAUUGUUGGCAACACAAAGUGGAGCAAUGCUGGCGAAUUGAUUGAUCUCGUAAAAAGGGAAGGAAGGAUUCUGGCGCAAGAGGUACCUACUGAGUCUGCCACAGGAAACAUGGUCAGAAGAGUGUUAAAGAUCAUAAGGGAAGAAUAUGCUGGAGUGAAAGGAGGUGGUGAGGAGGGGGAUCCUCAAGAAUCUUUACAGAAAUUGCUCCUUGCCAAAGGACAAGGAGACUCUGAUGACUACAGUACCCCCAGCCAUAACUUAAAGCCUAUUAUUAUGGAAGCCAUUGGCGAACUCCUUACUGAGCUGGAAACAAGUGCAGACAACAUCACAGCCCAAUCUCUUGAACAUAUUCACUCUAAUGAAGUAAUAAUGACAGCAGGCAGGUCAUCAACGGUAGAGGCGUUCCUAAAGGGUGCUGCAAAAAAGCGCAAGUUCCAGGUGAUAGUGGUGGAAUCUGCACCUCACUUCAAGGGACAUGAACUAGCCAAUAGUUUAGCAGCUGCUGGUAUAGAGACUACAGUUAUCACAGACUCUGCAGUGUUUGCAAUGAUGUCCCGAGUCAACAAGGUCAUAAUUGGAACACAUACUGUUAUGGCUGAUGGAGGAUUGAAAGCUACAAAUGGAAGUCAUGCAAUAGCACUAGCUGCAAAACAUUAUUCUGUACCGCUGAUAGUGUGUGCCGCCAUGUUCAAGCAGUCACCUCAGUACCUCUGUUCAUAUGAGGAUUCAUUUAACAAGUUUGUGAGUCCGCACAAUGUGCUCAAGUUUUCUGAAGGAGAGAUCUUAUCCAAAACACAGAUACAGAACCCACUGUUUGACUAUGUACCUCCAGAUCUGGUCACCUUGUAUAUUUCAAAUAUUGGCGGAAAUGCACCAUCAUAUGUAUAUAGGCUUUUAAGUGAACUGUAUCACCCUGAUGACUAUGAAUUAUGACCU